UAGGCUUCACUACUAAGCCCUUAGUUUAAGGAGUGCUUUCACAUCCAAAUUCUACCUGCAGUUCUCUUCUCUCUCUCACAUUAUUUUCUUUUUUCAAAGUCUCUUAACUUUUUAAAACCCUAACUAAAUAUACACUCCAUACCAUAUCCUCUCUCUAUUUAUCAGAUCCUUGUGGUUUAGGUGCUUCUUUCAGAUUAUUCUCAAGAAAACUUUUGAUUUUUAGAAGCAUUUUAAGAGAAACUGCUUUUUCUGGUUGUGAGGCAGAGAGCUCAAUUAGAGAAUGGAGAUUGCAAGUCAAGAAGAUCCCACUCCAAUAAAUACUAGCUACGGUAAUAGUGGAGGUGGGCUUGGGAAUAUGAUCCAUCAUCAUCAUGCCAAUUCUGCUCCAACAUCUCUCAACAUUACUACUCCAAACCCACUACAAGUCUCCUCAAAUGGUAACGGUCUUGGCAAAAAUCAUGACUACUCUCAUCAUCAUCAUCAUCAUCAUCAUGUGGGUUACAACAUCAUGGUCAGCAACAACAACAACAUCAAGAAAGAGAAACCUGUGGUGAUCAAGUACAAGGAAUGCCUAAAGAAUCAUGCAGCUUCCAAGGGAGGCAAUGCCAUUGAUGGUUGUGGAGAGUUUAUGCCAAGUGGUGAAGAUGGUUCCAUUGAAGCUCUCACAUGCUCAGCUUGUAACUGCCAUAGAAACUUCCAUAGAAGAGAAAUCGAAGGUGAAGAAAAAACCUUCUUUUCCCCUUACCUCAACCACCACCAACCACCUCCGCCGCAGAGAAAACUCAUGUUUCACCACAAGAUGAUCAAAUCACCAUUACCGCAACAAAUGAUAAUGCCAAUUGGCGUCGCAACCGGUGGAUCCAACUCAGAGUCAGAAGAUCUCAUGGAAGAAGACGGUGGAGGAAGCUUGACAUUCCGACAUCCACCACCGCCACCACCACCACCGUAUAGUUACGGACAUAAUCAGAAGAAGAGGUUUAGGACAAAGUUCACACAAGAACAAAAGGAGAAGAUGAUGAGUUUUGCGGAGAGAGUUGGUUGGAAGAUGCAAAGACAAGAGGAGUCUGAUGUUCAACAGCUUUGUCAAGAGAUUGGAAUCAUGAGAAGAGUCCUUAAAGUUUGGAUGCACAACAACAAACACCAUUUAUCCAAGAAGAGCAACAACAUUAAUGACAAUGUAGAUCAGCUCGGUAAUAAGGACGUUAAUAACGCCACCACUGAAAAUCUAGCUUCUACUAGUCCUUAGUUAAGUUAAAUUGUUGUUAUAACUUCACUCUUGUGAUUACUUAAUUAAGUACUUGCUCAUCGUAUGGUUUAUGUUUUACCCUUUCUUUUGUUAAUCACUGCUUUUAGGUAGCUUUCUACAAACAUGUGUUUUAUUAGGGUCCUAUAUAAUCGUGGAGUGUAUAAGAUAAGGUUUCGAUGUUU